AUGGCUGGUGGAGGAACAUCUAAUGAAAUACUCAUAGCAUGGUGUCAUGUACGUAAAGGUAGACUGUUACAGAAAUGGAUUAAACGACGUUGUAUACUUUACAAUGGAACGAUCCGUAUUGAACAUGAUGAUGCAGAUGACGAGAUUUUGCUACUCAGUCGAUAUCGUGUUGACGUAACGGAAGGAAGUCGCGGAAAAUAUCUUCGUCUUACAGAUUCCUCUAACAUUUAUUUCUUACACUUUGAAGCAAUCGGUGAAAUGAAUCUCUGGCUUACUCGCUUACUUCAGACUCAAAUGGCACCAAACUGUGAUUUAAGUGAUCAUCGUCUACUGUUACUACCAGAUGAAUUAUUUUCGGUUAGUGUAAUUCGCCAAAUUAUUACGCUAAAUUUACGCAGGAAUUCAUUACAGUUUCGUCCAAACAAUCAGAUUCAAAAUCCGCUUCUCGGAUGGCUUGAUGACGUGGGACGUUUACAAUCUCUGCGGUCGCUGAAUAUUGCUGACAAUUCGCUUCAUCAUUUUCCGAUUACAGUAACUCAUCUCAAUAAUCUUACCGAACUUAUACUUUCCGGAAAUCGCAUAUCCUAUAUUCCGGCGCAAAUUGCUGAAUUAAUCAAUUUAACAGUACUAAAUGUUAGCAAUAAUUGGUUGCAAGCAGUACCGGAAGAGCUCUCACGGUGUAUGAUGUUAUCCAAACUGGAUUUAAGUUUCAAUCGUUUUAAUCAGGCAACUAUUCUUAUUCCGGAUAUUUUGUUCACAGUAAAGCGAAUCCUACACGUAGAAAUGGCUGGUAACAAUAUUGAAGUUUCAGCGUUACAUUCUCUACCUUGUAUCCAUUCAUUGAAAAUUGAUUUACGUCGAAAUGCUUUGACAGGCACAGUACGUUUUACUUCAUCUAUUUGUUGUGCAUUAACGGAAUUAGAUAUUCGUGAUAAUGAAAAUUUGUUCGAAUUGGAUUUAAGUAAUUUACAUACUAUACAGGUAGUGCAUUGUGAAAGGCUUCAUCUAAAAAGUCUUCAGGUGAAUGGUACCAACCUCAGAUAUUUAUAUGCUGAUAAUAACGAAUUAUCACAAGCAAUAAUAAUGCCAAUACCCAUUCAUCUAGUGGUAUUUUCGAUCUCAUUCAAUCGUUUUACUUCAUUACCGGAAUGGCUAACAGAUUUGCAAUAUAUUGAAACAAUUUCUGCCCAUCAUAAUCUUAUCCUCUAUUUACCAUAUAGGAUUUUCAUGAGUGUAAGUAGAUUAAAAAAUCUGCAUGUAAAUAAUAACAAAAUUGAACGUCUACCAGAUGUUAUCGAGAAUUGUUCAUUGGAAGUUUUAUCGUUGCACAGUAACUGCAUAGACAUGUUACCGAAUGAUUUACUAAAAGCGGCACAUAAGCUGAAAAUUUUGAAUGUUUCACAUAAUCGACUCAAACGGCUUCCAGCUGCAAACACAAUGCUUGAUCUAAAUCGACUUCAAUUUCUUCGAGCAGCUAAAAAUUUUCUGGAUGAGAGUGUAAUUAGUGUUAUAGUAUCCUGUCGACGUUUGCGACUUUUGGAUCUUUCUUACAAUCAACUCAAAUUUUUUGAUGACAGCCGAUUGAUGGCGUUGGAAGAAUUGAAUUUAUCAGCGAAUCAUCUCAUUUCGAUUUCAACUUCAUUGACACAAUUACCUAAUUUACAAGUUCUUCGGAUACAUUCGAACGGUAUCACGACAAUUCCGGAUUUCUCACAAUCACCACAAUUACUUUUACUGGAUAUUUCAAACAACGAAUUUAGAAAUUUGGAUACAAAUUUAUGCAUGGCAAAAACCUUAAAACACCUUGAUCUCACCUGUAACUACAUGUUAUACGUUGAUACUGAUAAUAUAAAGCCAAAAAAACAAGGUCAAGCCAUAUCGGUGGUGAAUGUUGGCAAUGAAUGCAACUGUGAUACAUUUCAUAUUGGCUUCAGUGAAUCAGCCGGACAACGAAAUAAAUUAUGUGUCCGACAAAUUCGAUCAAAUCCAAACAUGAAAGCAAUUUUUGGUAUUGUCGAUGGCGGGAAUAAUGAUCAAAUUGCAGCAAUUGUAAUCGAAAAAUUAAAUAACUUCCUUCAAGCACAGACUUUGAUAAAUGAGCAUAGCUUGAAAAUGGCUUUAAUUUAUGCGCACGAACAUCUUGGUCAAAUUGGUGAACGUCUUGGUGCGACAGCAAUGCUUCUUAAAAUAGAACAACAUCGACUACUUUUCGCAACGGUUGGCGGUAUCCGAGCAGUGCUAUGUCGUUCUGGAAAUGCCUUACAACUACCCAAUCAAGCGAAUACUAUUACACCGGAAGAUUAUAUUCAGCUGCGUACCGGUAACGCAACGCUUAAUCAGGAUAAUUUAAUCAAUGGAAUAUGUCUGUCAGCAAGUUCACUUGGAUUUUCAUUUCUUUACCCAGCCGUUCUCCCGAAAUCAUAUCAGGAUACGGUGGAACUUACGCAAGCUGAUGAGUUCGUCGUAAUUGGUUCACGAGCAUUCUGGAAUUGUAUUUCUCCUCAGGAAGCCGUGGAUAGUAUUCGGUCUACGCAUAAUCCACAAAUUGCAGCGAAAAAGUUGCAGGAUAUAGUGCAAGCAUUUGAAUAUGUUGGCAAUGUGAGUAUUAUUGUUGUUCGAUUUAAACGACCUCAAGAAGAAUGCAAUUAUCGAAAUAGGAAUCCAGAAGGAACGUCUAUAAUGAACAAACCCACUUGUCCAAAAAAUGGCAUCAAUUUAUUGCGUAAUAUAGAAGAACGACUGGAGCAAAUCAGCGAAGCAAUAAAUAACAUUGAUGAGGAUUCAAACAACAACUGUCCUCUAUCAUAUGGUCUUCAGUUAUGGGGUAAAAAAGGAAGCUUCAAUACAUUCGAACUAAUGUCGAAUAACAUUGACAGCUGGCCAUCUGGAAGUAGUACUGUAUCGAAACAUAGCAUUUCACGAGGUGCAUCGCCUUCCAGUGCACCACCGGAUCCGCACAGUGAUCAAGCAACAACUGAUCGAUUUUCGAUCCGUAAAAAAAUCGAUAUGUACGAUCGCCUCAGUGCUGCAACGAUUGUCGAUAGCAAAGAACGCUUUCAACGUGCCAGAUCAACUCUUAGUGAACAGCUUCGGUUACGAACUCCGGAUGGGAAAAUCAUGAAGUUAUAUAACGUGUAACAGAUUGUACAACCAUGAAGAUGUGUAGAAAUGUGAAAUAUGUCAUGUAGAGAUGUGUUCAACAAUAUGCUGUAA